AUGCAUCAAGAAGUGAUUUUUUGUUCUGAUGAAGUUUCGAGGGGUCUAUUGGCCGUAUUGUACUUUAACUGUGUAAAAUAUAGUGAGAGAAAAUUUUACAUUUUGCCUCUGUGUACUUAUAAAGUUUUGAUUUUUUAUAUUUCUGUACUGAUACAAACGUUGUUUUUACUUUUAGCAAUACUAGUAUACUACGAAGAUUUUUUGUUAUUUAUUUACUUUAGUGAAUUAAGACACACCAAAGAAAUGUUUUUAAGAUACAUGUUAUAUAGAAAUAGCACCUAA